GGCAGCACUCAGGUGAGACAGCUUUCCUGAGCUAGAGGUCACACCAUUGUGGUGGAAAUUCUCACAGAUGCAGUUGACAUUGACUCAACCAUGCUCCCGGAAAGCCCUGUUGCUGCUGGUGUCAAGCCUGCUUCUUUGGGAACAUGUGAUCUCCACAUCAGAUGACCAGAGGUCCAAUGAAGAGCUGAGUUACAAAUUGCUUUCCAUUUCUCAUCGCACCCGUAUAGUUGCCCGAAAAAUGUAUAAAAUUUUAGAUGCAAAGUUAUCCAAAGGAAGAUGGUUUAAGAAGAGUGGAAAUAACACCUGCCACACUGCUUCCUACCCCACGCCAAAAAAAACUGAAGACAUUCUGAAACUGAUCAUCAAUGUUUCAAGUGCCUGGAAGUACCCACUGAAGCUACUAACACCUGCAACAUUGACUCACUUAGAGUCCUAUGAUGGUAUGCUGGCAAGAGCCAUAGAGGUUAAAUAUGGAAAUGAUGAAAUUCUGGCAGCAGCCAAAAUUUUACUCAGCAGGAUUCAGCCUGGAUUUAAAGAAUAUAUCUAUCCUAAAUGGCCAGAACUAAAAAAACUAAGGUCUUCCAAUGAAGAAACUCACCUGUUUGCAUUUUAUAAACUCUUCUAUUGCCUAAGAAAUGAUACACAAAAAAUUGACCGCUAUCUGAAGAUCCUGGUGUGUCGAAUUAUCAAAACCUACAAGUGCUAAGUAUAGAUACAUGAUAUCUGCUGCUGAGAUGGCCCUUGAUGAAUGAAGCAGACCUUCAGUGCUAUGAAAAUCCUAAUCUACUACAUUUUUUUAAAUAAAAUAAAAUAUGAUUCAUUAAAAA